AUGAAGAAGAAGCUCGAUACCCGUUUUCCUGCUGCUCGGAUAAAGAAGAUAAUGCAAGCAGACGAGGACGUUGGAAAGAUAGCACUGGCAGUCCCCGUUUUAGUUUCAAAAGCUCUGGAAUUAUUUCUGCAAGAUCUUUGUGACCGCACUUAUGAAAUAACUCUACAGAGAGGAGCAAAGACCAUGAAUGCAUUGCAUUUGAAACAUUGUGUACAAAGCUACAAUGUCUUCGACUUUUUGAGAGAUAUCGUCAGCAGGGUUCCUGACUAUGGGCACGGCCAUGGCCAUCCUGAGACUGGAGCCGAGGACCGCACUCUUCCCAAGAGAAGGAAACCUGCUGGCGACGAUUGCAAUGACAGCGAUGAAGAGACUAAGCGGAGUAAAAUGCUAGAGUUUGGCCACACCGGCGGUACUGGUAGGGGAAGAGGUAGAGGGAGAGGAAGAGGCCGCGGCCGAGGAGCUCGAACCGCAGAGAAAGAAACCUUACAUCAGCAGGUUGAAUCUGAACCUUGCACAUCUAUUCAACAAAGUAGCAAAGAAGCUCCUAAUACAAGUAUGGCAAUCGAUAACGGUCCAGAACCAAAGGAGUUAUCAAAGGAAAACAUUUCGGCUCACGAGGAGAGCACUCAAUCUUUCCGAAACAUCGAUUUAAAUGCCAAUGUACAAGAAAACGAGGACAAAGAGAAUUCAAGCACGGCUACUCAGGCCUCGUUGCCGGAACCUGCUGCAAUAACGGAUAUGCAACAUGAAGAAAUUCCAGGUUGGUCCCUUGCUGACGUCGACAAGAUGGCGAUUGAUACGUUACAGCUCGCAGCGAGCCUUGGUAAUAGACUAGAUGAGGAGGAGGAAGAUUAUGAUGAAGAGGAAGGGUAA